UUGAACAUUACCUCAUUUCCAUAACCAAAAUUGACCAAUCUUCAACUGCACCCUUCCCACUCCCUCUUCUUUCAUCUCUCCCACAAAAACUACACAUUUCUCAAUCAUCUCUCUCUCUCUCUCUCUCUCUCUCUCUCUCUCUCUUUCUUCUCCGUGUAUGUCUGAGAUUGAGAAAGAGAAAUGUGUCCCCUGAGACUGAUUUUGAUCUUCCUCUCAGCCACUCUGGCUGGCUUCUUCGUCCUCAGAAACCUCAAAUCCGACGCCAAAUUGGAUACUCCGCACCAUGAAGAACAUGAGACCGACCACCACCACCAAAACCCCAACAACUCUCCUAACCGAUUUUCCAAGGUUCGGUCAGCCAUGGAAUCAGGGUUCUGGACCAUUGUGGACAUGGGCAGUGGACGCUAUCUCUGGAGGCAUUUUGUCUCAGCGUCCCCAAAACCAUCAAAUUGAUCUUCUUUGGGGCACUUGCUGUCGCUUAUAAUAACACACACGUCCAGGUUUGAGAUUGACUAUGGUGGCGUAUCAUAUCAUGUUGUUACUUGUUAGUAACGAAGGUUCAUUUUGGUAAGAAAAGAAUCCAAGAUGUUGUAAUUUUAGACCCAAAUGUUGUAUGCUCUCUGAAAAUGGCGCUGUAGCUGUAAUUACCAUUCAGCAACAAUAUCCAUCCCAUUGUAUUGUAAUAUUGCUAUUUCCGUUAUCUGGUUUUUGUAUUAACUAUCAAGUAUUGAAGUGUGGUGUGGUUAUCUUACUGUGGAAAUAUUUCACAAGGUCAAUAUCCACCUCCCCAUCUCACUGUAUUUAUGUGCUAUAUAAACUAAGGCUCACAACCUUAGGCUGCUUUUAUACAUUAUACGUUUCCUUGUUAAUGUUAUUUAUAACAAGACCAUGCUAUAA